AUGAGGGAAAAAGAGAAGGACCCAGAACUCCAAAAAGGUGACGAUAAAUUUUGCAAGUCUGCAUGGAGUUCCAAUCCAAGAGAGGCUAUUGACUACAAAUUUACAUUAUGGCACAAAGGUCUUUCUCUCGAAUCUGUAGACAUUUUUAGUUCUCUACAUAAUCGGAGAAUGAUAUUGCUCUCCCACUUGAUCAAGGAAUGGGUGAAGAAUGCGGUUAAUAGGUUUCACGUACAAGAUUUUAGUAAAGCACUUUAUUCGAGAUUUUUCGUCGAAGUCUUGUGAAAUUAUGAAAUCGAAGUCAAUAAACAAAAAACCUCCUACUCUAACCUCUUCCUAAGACUUGACCACUAU